AUGUAAAAUCUUCCAGAAUUCGUAAGAUCAAAUUACUAAUGGAGCCUCAGAGAUCUAUUCGGAGGUGCUCUCUUUAUUAAACUUCCAUUAGAAUUUGCUGACAUAAGGUACAUAUUAUAGAAAACAAAUAAUCCCACAUAUAGCUCCCAUGUACCAGUGAGUGAUAAUUAAGAAGUAUUUUCUAAUGUCAAUAAUGAUGCCCAACUGAUCAUUGAGCUUUUGGAGUACCAUGAGGGAACCGAGGCAUUCAUUCUUAAGGGAACCUAAAAGAUUAUUCCAAACAAGAAAGUAAAUGAUACAAGAGACUUUGUUUCUAUCAUCAUGCUCUUGAUCAGAUUAAAACAAUUUAAAACUGACUUAUUGAUCACUCUUAAUAUUCCAGACAAAACCUUAAAUUAAGAAGGAGUUGCUUAAGGUGACGGUUCAAGCGAAGCCUUUACUUAAAAUGUAGCAAUUAAUGAAGCAAUGUUCCAAGAGGCUAUGAAUCAAAUCUAUUUCACUGAUAUGGAAACUUUAGAGAAUCUAUUCAACACAGAGAUGGAAAUGGAAAUGAACUGA